GGCUGCCGCCGCUGCCUCGUCCGGACUUGGCAAGGACUUGGGAGGGAAGGGACAGCGGCGCUGGGAGGUGGCUUAGCAGAGACUUUCCAGCAACUGCUGCCCAGGACUUUUUUUUUUUUUUUUUCCCCUUUUUUCCCAGGAGGCGGCCGCUGUGGCGGCGGCGGCGGCGGCGGCGGCGAGGGGAGAGGAAGAGAAGGAAGCGUCUGCAGUUUGAGCCCAUGCAGUUCUUUGGCUGUGCGGGAGGAGGGUCCCUGCCUCGAUGAGUCCCCAGUGUGUGUCCCCGACUGUUCCCCGGCGGGAGUGGGGCGCGGAGCCCUGCGCCAACGAUCGCUCCUUUUUGGCCGGCGAGGAUAGGAUGUGGUGAAAGGAUGGGGCUUCUCCCUCGCGGGGCUCACAAUGGCCAGAGAAGACUCCGUGAAGUGCCUGCGCUGCCUGCUUUAUGCCCUCAAUCUGCUUUUCUGGUUGAUGUCCAUCAGUGUGCUGGCCGUUUCUGCUUGGAUGAGAGACUACCUGAAUAAUGUUCUGACUUUAACUGCAGAAACAAGGGUGGAGGAGGCAGUCAUCUUGACUUACUUCCCUGUGGUUCAUCCGGUCAUGAUUGCUGUUUGCUGUUUCCUUAUCAUCGUGGGCAUGUUAGGGUAUUGUGGAACGGUGAAAAGGAAUCUGUUGCUUCUUGCAUGGUACUUCGGAAGUUUGCUUGUCAUUUUCUGUGUAGAGCUUGCUUGUGGCGUUUGGACAUAUGAGCAGGAACUUAUGGUUCCUGUACAGUGGUCAGACAUGGUUACUCUGAAAGCCAGAAUGACGAAUUACGGCUUGCCUAGAUACCGGUGGCUUACUCAUGCUUGGAAUUUUUUUCAGAGAGAGUUUAAGUGCUGUGGAGUGGUGUAUUUCACCGACUGGUUGGAGAUGACAGAGAUGGACUGGCCGCCAGACUCCUGCUGCGUGAGAGAAUUCCCAGGGUGCUCCAAACAGGCCCACCAGGAAGAUCUCAGUGACCUUUAUCAAGAGGGCUGUGGGAAGAAAAUGUAUUCCUUUUUGAGAGGAACCAAACAACUGCAGGUGCUCAGGUUUCUGGGAAUCUCAAUUGGAGUGACACAAAUCCUGGCCAUGAUUCUCACCAUUACUCUGCUCUGGGCUCUGUAUUAUGAUAGGAGGGAGCCUGGGACAGACCAAAUGAUGUCCCUGAAGAAUGAUACCUCCCAGCACCUGUCAUGCCACUCAGUGGAACUGUUGAAACCAAGCCUGUCCAGAAUUUUUGAACAUACAUCCAUGGCAAACAGCUUUAAUACACACUUUGAGAUGGAGGAGUUAUGAAGACUAUCAAAGGAGGAAACCACAGAUGUGUUUUAUUGGAUCUGAGAAUUUUUAAGCACAUCGUUAUAUGCUUCAGAAAUUUGUAGAAGUAAAGAUGUUGUCAUAAAAGAAUGCCUAGGCAUAUAAUGUUCUACACUUUGCUAAGAAGAGGGGACAGUUUCAUACUGGAGGUGACCACUAGUUCAUGAUGGAUGCCCGUUAUAAUGCUGAAGACAGAUCAGAUACCCUGAUAACACUCUGUAGCACAUGUAAGAUUAUUACUGAACAUAGUUGUUUUGAGGUGAUGUGAUUUGUUCAGCAUUUCUGCAUCCAUGUAAGUGGCCACAUAGCUGGGAUUGGAGCUACAAAGUGGAUUUACUUCUGCAAGCUAGUAUGUAAAGUACCAAUUCCCUGCUAACAUAGGAAGUUAGUACUAAUGACUUUUAUUACUUGGUGGUGUAUUCCUUUGAGGGUGAAUAGGUUAUCCAUAGACUUUCAAAAUUGAUGACUACCUGAAUGUGACUUUUGCUGGUUACUAAAAUAUUCUUACCACUUACAUUAGCAAGCUAACACGUUGUCUUAAACUGAUCAGGGAUCUAUGUGUAUAUAAGGCUGUGCUGUCUGUAUAAUUCAGUAGCUUUCAGUUCUUCUAAUGUUAAGAAUAACAAUUGUGAAAAGGAUAAAUUUGUCCUGUAUAGCAACAUUAUUUUUAGCUUUUCCUGUUAAUAGAGCUUUAAAAUUCUGUCUUGGGUUUAUAUUACAUACAUAACUAUUAAUUUAAAUGCUUAACCACUAAUUUUAAAAAUUACCAGUGUGAUAAAUAGGAAUCAUUAUAAUUCAGAGUACAGUCUGGUCUCUGGGAAGUAUUAAAAAAUUUACACGUAACUUGGUUGGUUUAGCAAAGACUUGGAUGCUAUUUUUCUCUAAGAUUAAGGCUCUUUUUAAUACUAAACACUUCUGAAAAGAGCUUAUUUUUGUCUUCUCCAAACAAGAAGCAAAAGUCUCCAAGUCUUUAUAAUUCUACAGAAAAUAAUGUUGUUCUACAGAAAAAUACUUGUGAGAAUCAUAAAAAUAAGUGACGAUUUACCUAGAUAUUAUGUUUGCUUUAUUUCACUGAUUAAUAUACUGUGCUGAAUUACACAGAUUUUUAAAUUUUUACAAGAGUAAAAUAUAUUUAUUUGAAUGGGAAAUGUGCAUUUUACUGUAUUUUUUGUAUAAUGUUUAUUUCUCAGAGUAUGGGAAAGAAAAUUAAAACAAGUACCAAUAAAUAUUUUCUAGAGAGUAAUAAUCUGUGUCUAUUUUUAAACACUACAAGCACUUUUACCACUGGAGAGCAUUAGCAAGAAGAGAAAACUGUGAGAAGGAGUGAAUGAAAACAACAUCAACAAUUUCCAAAUCAGGACUUAAUCAGUAAGAAUAUAUGUCUGCACUGAGGAGAGACACAAAGUGCCCUUUGACUUUUCAAGUUUGCUUUUGACCUAAAUGAUAAAUAA